UCUGCAAGAUGAUUGAGGAACACCAAGAUCGCACCGGGUGGCCGGUCAUCCAGCUCAACGAGGAGCUGCGCAUGGAGUGGUCAUGUCAGGGUCCUUUCAUGUUUCCGACUCCCCCUGACGAGAGCGAUAUCCUGCCUGACAGAUACUUUGACAUGAGCAUGGUGUCGUCGGGCCCGUUGCAAGAUGCGAAGAUGGCCAUGCACUGACAUGGCUCUGCCCAACCGGACAACUUCUCUAUACAACAAACGUUUCUCCCGUUCCCUGUCCCUUACUCAGCCUUUCGAAGCGACGUCAGCAAGGAAGAUACGUACAUAUUGCCUUCUCUUCUUUUCCUAUGUUGAGAUGUGGGCGGGUCUCACUUUUUGGCGUUUCGGGAUGUCCACAAGAAAACGAUGCAUCUUCAUUCUGAUUGGCGAAUGUCGUCCUCCAUCGAUCUUUGUUACAAGGUCUUUGCAUGUCACGGUCGUGACAAGACAUGUGCGGGGCGCCAAAGGCGUUUUUCACAUGAUGCUCCGUAUACCACUUCUCUCCGGCACAUGUCAUGGUGGGUGCGUGUAGUCAUUGGCGUCUUUUUUUUCUUUCUUCUCCUUGCCGGAUGCUUACCAUAGGCCGAAUAUGCGGGCCAGUGUAGCGCUGGGGUUUUGGUUUUGAGGAACACACUGUAGGAUAUAUACGUAUAUAUGGCUUGUUGAGAGCUAGGCAAGUUGCAACCUACCGAUCGACCGUCCCGGGGUCUAUG